GUCAUUCACAGUCGCGAAUUUUCACUCGGACGGCGCGCGUGCACGGGGAGGACGGGCAACGGGGCUGAGAGGAGUUGCCGGGCGACAGGAGGAUUUUUAAGCUAAACUCUACGACGCUUUAAGAUUUACGCCAUAACUCGCACUGUCGCCUAACAUCAGCAGGAAGACUCACUUGCUCUGGUUCUUAACUAGUAGCCCGGCAACCGAAGGAGGAGGUGUUCGUGAGGGCUAAUUAGCGACCAUUAGCUGUUUGCUAACAUCGCCGGAGAGAUUAGCCGACAGCCUGCAUCCUGACCCGAGCAGCUAGCUGCGUUAGCCGGACCGGUGCGGCUCCUCUGUGACUGUCCAGACCACACAACCCCUCUCCCUCCACACCGAAACGCUGGAAAUCCGCAAGCGGCCGGAGACGGGCGAAGGGCCGGUGAAGCUGGGGCUGUUAGCUGAACCACACAGUGGAGGAGGACCCGCGGAGAGGCACAGCGGCGGGGACGCAGCGGCCGCCAUGGACGGGCUGCCGGUGGAGGUGCGCGGCUCUAACGGGGCCUUCUACAAGGCAUUCAUCAAAGAUGUCCAUGAAGACUCCCUCACGAUAGUUUUUGAGAACAACUGGCAACCAGAGAGACAGCUGCCAUUCAGCGACGUGAGGUUGCCGCCCCCACCCGACUACCACAAGGACAUCGGUGAGGGAGAGGAAGUAGAGGUGUACUCGCGAGCAAAUGAACAGGAGCCCUGCGGCUGGUGGCUGGCGAGGGUGAGGAUGAUGAAGGGCGAGUUCUAUGUGAUUGAGUACGCCGCGUGUGACGCCACAUACAAUGAAAUCGUCACGUCAGAAAGAAUCCGGCCUGUCAAUCCCAACAGCCCUUCCACUCGCAGCUCCUUCUACAAAAUCACCAUUGCUGUGCCCGAGGACCUCAGAGAAAUCUGUUUAAGUGACAACAUCCACAAAGACUUCAGGAAAGCAAUCGGAGCCAACUGCGUCUUCUACAGCACUUCGACACAUGAACUGAUUGUACUGUCCACGAACGAUUCCACAGUGAAGCGUGCCUCCCUUCUGAGUGACAUGCACUUCCGCAGCAUUCGCACUAAGCUCAUGCUCAUGUCCCGCAAUGAGGAGGCCACCAAACACCUGGAGACGAGUAAACAGCUGGCAUCAGCCUAUCAGGAGGAGGUACGGGUACGUGAGGACCUGAUGGGUUUGGCCAUCGGCUCCCACGGCGCCAACAUCCAGCAGGCCCGCAAGGUUCCUGGGGUUACCGCCAUUGAACUUGAGGAGGAGAGCUGCACUUUCAGGAUCUACGGAGAGACCCCAGAAGCUGUAAAACAGGCUAGAGUAUAUCUGGAGUUUAAAGAAGACUCCUUCCAGGUACCCAGGAAUCUUGUCGGCAAAGUUAUUGGGAAAAGUGGCAAAAUCAUCCAAGAAAUUGUCGACAAGUCCGGUGUGGUGCGUGUUCGGAUCGAAGGGGACAACGAUAAAAAGCUGCCCAGAGAGGAGGCAAGUCUGAAGACGCACCAUCAAUGCAUCUCGCACCCUGCCUCAGUAAUUCUGACAAACUUGCAGCCACAGCUACAUUCUGUAGACCAGAUGUUAUGUUGGGUUUAUUUAUUAUUUUAUUUGUGUUUAUGUAUUGUAACUUACUAUGCAAGUCUUUUGUGUUCCACUCUUCAGGGUAUGGUUCCCUUCAUCUUUGUAGGAACCAAAGAAAACAUCAGUAAUGCCCAGGCUUUGCUGGAGUACCAUGUGGCCUACCUGCAGGAGGUGGAACAGUUGCGUCUGGAGCGGCUGCAGAUUGAUGAGCAGCUCCGCCAGAUCGGUGUUGGUUACCGUACAGCACCAAGCCGCACCAGUGUACCUGGAGCCAGUGAUCGUGAAAGGGGAUACCAGACCGACGAGAGCAGCAACUCUCUGCAGGCCUCCCGCACGUACGGCGGACGAGGCCGCGGGCGCAAAUCCAACAACGCGUACUCUGGUUAUGGAACAAACUCUGAGCUGUCCAACGCGUCUGAGUCGGAGGAUCUGGCUGAGCGGGAUCCGAGGCCCCGGGGAGUGGGAGGUGACGAGAGGGGCUCCCGGAGAGGAGGCCGCGGCCGAGGAUCCAGCACAGGCAGAGGCCGUGGAGGCCCAGCAUCACGCAGCUCCAACACAAUCAGCUCAGUGCUCAAGGAUCCUGACAGUAAUCCCUACUCUCUGCUGGAGGGUGAGGGUGAUCUGGGCGGAGACACAGAUGCCAGCGAGAGCAUGGGUGGCAAUGACCGCCGUAGACGUUCUCGCCGUCGCCGUAAUGACCAGGAGCCCAGUGUGAUUGAUGCUGCCAAUGAGUCCGAUGGCCAGGCAGCUACUAGCGAGAACGGACUGGAAGAUGAAAGCAAACCCCAGAGGCGCAACAGAAGCCGCCGUCGCCGUAAUCGUGCCACCCGACCCGAGGGGGGCUCUGCCAGCCGUGACAGACAGCCAGUUACCGUGGCCGACUUCAUCUCUCGAGCAGAAUCUCAGAGCCGACAGAACCUUCCAGUGAAGAAAGAAGAAAUGCAGCUUGCCUCCCACCCUAAGGAGAAUGGGACUAGUGUGAAGAAGGAAGAGCAUACUCCGUCCAAUCGUUCCCCUAGCAAUGGCGUGGCAUCAUCUGGGGAGGCUCUGACCCUGGUGAACGGUGUUUCCUAAAUGGAAAACGCACGACGUCAGCUCACCACUCAAGACCAUUGUCUCGAGCAAGACACUACAGCAAUCUGUCCCUGCUUGCAUUUACGUAAACCUUUAAACAGACGAGUGAAAAUCGACUAAAAAUCUUGAAUUCAUAUGAGAUUGAGGAGAAAAAGAUAUUUAAAAAAAAAAAAAAGACAAACGCAUCUACUUAAACACUUUAACAGUGUAUGUUUAUCCUAUCUAUCAGUACUUAGUGCUUAUGUAAGAGAAGCUUGCCAAAAAAGAGCUGGUGGAUAUGCUUCGAAAAUCUGACGUAACCGAACACAGGACGUGACUAUAUGUUUUUAUUUUUGGAGAAACGGUUUUCUUUUUGUUUGUCACUGUCGUCGUCGUUUUGUUUGUUUUUCUUCACUGGUGUGGGAUUGGUCACAUUCCCAAACAGAUGCAUCUCUGAAACAGUGUUAGAGGCGAGGGGAGGAGCUAGCCAAGAGAUUUGGGGGGGGAAUGUGGGCGGAGCCUCGUGUGACUGGCAGUUGAGGCUAAGGUACUCUACGGUUGUGUGUGGGGGGGAGGGGGGAGAAAAGACAUUGUGCCUUGAAUUUGAAAAAAAAAAAAACUUGAGCAUUUUUGUUUUUUGUUCGUGGAACAACAAAUACUGUUUCGUAUGCUUUUUUUUUUUUUUUUCUUCCUUCAAGUAAAGGAGAAUCCAGUUGAGAAAAUAAUGGCAGGGUUAUGUUAGGAGAGGGAAGACAUGAUGAUAAUUUGAUACUAAUGCCAAACAAGAAGAUCGGAAUGUUGAUCUGUGGUAGGAGUCAUGAUCUGGACAACAUUUUUGUGUGUGUGCGUGCGUGCGCGUGUAGUUAGUAUGCAACCAUAGACGUAAAUUGGGAGAAGUGUUGCAUGGUCUCGGAGCCGACUCUGUCGAGAGGGAUGAAGGGAUGCAGCCACGUUAGUUAAAGGAUGGGUGUUCACCUCUGAGCUCUGCAUUAUUGAGGCAAACAGACAUGGCUGCAUCAGGAACAGCCUCACAUACAGACAUACAGUUAGAAACCUGCCAGACCCAGAUUUUACCCAGAACCGCUAUCCGGACAUGCAUCAGUGCCUCUGACCCCCCGGCCAAAAACCACCGCUGUUUCUGAGAGAGGGAGUGUGGGAUGUGAUUGCGUGGGGAAAGUGUUAAAGAUGUUGCAGCUUUGACCCCACAAUAGAUGAUGUGGUUUAUACACACUGUGCCUGCUGAAUGCUUUUAAAGGUGACGUCUCCUCUGUGGUGCCCCCUACUGGAUGGUCUUGGGUUUUACAAAACCUAGUGACCAAGAAGGCAUGUUGUGUAGGGAAUAGCACAGCCUCAGAAAAGUUGAGAGCCACACGCGCACACUCAUGAUGGUGUAUAUGAAUAUACUAUACACUCCAAUGUUAUCACUACACAGUUUAGACUUCCUGGGUUUCUGGUCAAGGAAGUUUAAACCAGAGUUUUAAUCCACGUGCCUCGGAGGCCAGGCGAGCGUGGUGUUUAAACAGAACAGGAUGUCUGUCGCGUUCCUGAUUGUCGCAGUCAAAAAGAUGCAACCAGGGGAUCCAUGUCCCCCUUUGGCUCAUGUUACUGUCAUCUUGGUUUUUGCUCUCAAACUUUUUUUGGUUGUAAUUUUCACAUCAUAAAGAAUAAAAUGGAAGUGAAAUAAA